AAGAAAUGGUACAAAAGGGCCUGAGCGAGCUACAAAUGUUGAAGAUGGGAUUAAGCAUAGUACGAAAGAAACGGGAUGUUGACGAUGAAAAGAGACGAUCUUGUAACAACAUUGCCCAUAUUGCACGAAAAGAAAGGCGAUUGUGUGGCACCACGCUCGAUUGGAAACGAUCUUGCAAAGACGAAUGUAUUACUGUAUUAUAUGGGGCUUGCUAUUCGAGUCCCCCAAGCAGAGUGAUGGAAUGA